AAAGAAGAAUUGAUUCAUGAUUAAUUAGUAAUUAAUUAACACGAAGUGGAAUAGCCAGACUAGAUUACAGACUACAAAGAGCAUCGGCGGUCAAUCCCGCUAACGGAUUCCCCGGAAUAUAUCACUGAUUGUUUUAUUUUACGGAGUAUAAACUAUAAAUUUGCGAUUGACCCAGUAGCCAUUCGCUGUCCUUGACUCUUCAUUGCCUAUUUCUUAUCGAGCAAGAAUACCUUCCCCUUUUCUCUUUUCUCGUGGUUUCUUAUCGAUUGCGAAGAGCAGAAUGGCGCUAGCGAGCUUGAUUGACAUUGCUGACCCGGGCAAAGAGCUGCAAUUGCUGUUCUCUGUGUCUGUUGGCUUCAUCAUGUGCAAGAUAGUGUAUGACUUAACAGGUGCAGUAAGUCCUUUCUUGUAUAAGGGAUUCAUGAAACUUGAUGACAAAACUAGAGUUGAAUGGAAGAACCGUGGAUUUUCUACCUUUCAUGCUCUGGUUGUGGCUGUUGCAUCGCUGUACCUCUUGGUUGGAUCCAAUCUUUUUUAUGACAGUUCUCAAGAAGAAUUAGUCAUCAACCGAACAUCAUCUUUCUCAAACACCAUACUAGGGAUAUCUACUGGUUAUUUCCUUGUUGACUUGGCAAUGGUUUGUUAUUAUUUCCCUGCUUUAGGCGGAUUUGAAUAUAUCUUUCACCAUGGGCUCUCAUUGUUAUCAAUUCUUCAAUCCCUUUUGAGUGGGCAAGCACUGAUAUACAUACUGAUGGUUCUGUUUUCUGAGGUCACCACUCCAUUUGUUAACUUGAGAUGGUACCUGGACGCAGCUGGUCAGAAAAGCUCUAAACUUUACCUUUUAAAUGGGGUGGCUUUGUUUUUUGGAUGGCUGGUAGCAAGGAUACUUUUGUUCAUCUACUUUUUCUACCACAUGUUCACCCACUUUGAUCAGGUCAAGAAAGUGUACCCGAUAGGCUUCUACACUUUGGUGCUAGUGCCUCCUGUGUUGACAGCGAUGAAUGUAUUCUGGUUUACUAAAAUUGCCAAGGGUAUGGUGAAAACACUGACAAAGGCUCAACACAACAGAUAACUUUUUGUCCAGUCCUCCCUUCAUGGAUGAUACAAAAAAACGAUUUGUCUUCCCACUGGGGUUUUUUGUGAAUGCUAGUAGCAGAAUAGUAGUUUUUGCCAUGCCAAGUGGACUUUAGUUGACUGUAGAAAUUUGGGGUUAUAGUGUGCUGCUGUAAUGAUUCACAUUGAACAAUUUUCUAAUACAAGGUAGUUUAAUCCGGGUCUAUCAGUGUAUAUGUUUCCCCUCCGGAAGAAUGUUUGAUGUUUGUGUACUCUUUACAUGGUUCAAUAGAAAGUGCUAUAGUUAAGUUUGGUGCUG